AUGGAGGGCAAGCUGGCACCCUACCCUCUGGUUCCUACAGCCUGGCCAGCCCCAGUCCAGCUUGUCAGCAAUACACCCUCCAUGUCCCAGGCAGCCAGCAACACCUCCCUGGACCUUGGAGACCUCCGAUGGCCCAGCUCUUUGCUGCUCUGGCUCAGCCUUCCCUCGAGCCUGCUGACUGUGGCCACACUAGCCCUGAGCCCUCUGCUGCUAGUGACCAUCCUGCGGAGUCAACAGCUGCGGCAGGACCCCCACUACCUGCUGCUGGCCAAUACCCUGCUCUCAGACCUGGCCUACCUUCUCUUCCACACAUUCAUCUCCUCCAGCAACCUGAGCAGCUGGGAGCCAGGCCGCAUUGCUUGUGGCAUUCUCACAGAUGCUGUCUUUGCUUCCUGCGUCAGCACCAUCCUGUCCCUCACGGCCAUGGUGCUGCACACCUACCUGGCAGUUGCUCAUCCUCUGCGCUACCUCUCCAUCGUGUCAUGUGGGGCUGUGCGGAAGACGGUGGCCCUCAUCUGGCUGGUGGCUUUCUCCUUCCCCACGUUUCUCCUUUGGUUCAGCAAGCGGCAGGAUGCCCAGCUCGGGGAGCAAGGGGCCUCGUGCAUCCUGCCGCUGAGCCUAGGCACCGGGGGCCGUGCCUCUCUGGUCCUCGUCACCCACAUUUCCAUCCUGUGCCUGCUCUUCCUCUGCACGGCCCUCAUUGCCUACUGCUUCUGGAAGAUCUAUGCGGAAGCCAGGACAUCCGGCAUCUGCACGAAGGGCUACUCCCGGGCCAGGGGCACCCUGCUCAUGCACUCGGUGCUCAUCUCACUCUAUGUGAGCGCAGGGGUGAUGUUCUCCCUGGACACUGUGCUGACCAAGUACCACCACAUUGGCACCAAGACUCACGCAUGGCUCCUGGCAGCCAACGGCGAGGUGCUCAUGAUGCUUCCCCGUGCCAUGCUCCCCUACCUGUACGCGCUCCGCUACCAGCAGCUGCUGGGGCUGCUCAGGGGCCUCUUCUCAGCCAAGAGGCACAAGACCAUCUUCACCAUGUCUCAGAACUGCCAAGUACACAGCUGGGCAGGCCGAGGUUAA